CGCUGCUCUAGUUCUGCACGCCGUGUCAUCGGAUACACAAACACAAUAAUGCACUCAGCAGGAGUGUUUCAAAAUGAUCUUGUUGAUAUUUUUCUUAAUCACAGUGGACGGUAGCUCGGUGGGUGUUUGUCCCACGCAGUGCGAUUGUGAUAUGGACAAUGGGUUGAACAGAGCAAGCUGUGUCAAUCAGAACAUUGUGAGUGUUGGGGUGGGAGUGCCUGCAGAAGUGCAAGUAUACAGUUUGUCGCACAACGCUAUAAGUGAACUGGAUAACUUUUGUUUUAAGGAACUUGGCUACAAGUCCAUCCAAAUACUAAAUUUAUCAUACAACCAAAUAUUCUGGGUCGGUCUGCACGCAUUCUUCGGCCUGGAUCAACUGCUCGAGCUGAACCUCAGCAACAAUCGGCUGCGAUACUUCCCAUCUGAUGUGUUCUGGUACACUCCACAACUUGUCUCACUGGACUUGUCUUCCAAUGUUUUUGAAACCAUCAAAAAUGAGCCAUUUGUUAUGCAUACUAAAUUACAGGUCCUCAACCUCAACAACUGUCGCAUCAAAUCAUUACCUGACAGAGUAUUUUCACGACUACCUAACUUAAAGAAGUUGGAUCUGAGCGAAAAUUACUUAGUGACCAUAAAUCUAGACGUACUACGACCAAUGCGCAAACUGAACAGACUGGAACUAAGAAACGACUAUUGGCAAUGCAAUCCCGAUUUUAUUGCAACUGAGACAUGGAUCACAUCACACGGCAUCGCUUAUCAGAAGAUAUGUGCGAAGAGAAGUCCGAAGAUAUUCGAAAAAAUGAUAUCAGUUGUCGAAGUGGAGAAAGAUCCUGUAGAAAUUGAAAACGUCUGGAAUAUCACGUCGGAUUCCAACACAACAGACGUUGUUCCAACACCAAAAACUCCAUUGACGCCGUUCCAAAAGUUUGACAGAAACUUCUCGGCGUUACAAGCCUUCGUAAUAGGUGUUGAAGUUGGUUUAGCGAUCGGCAUAGUUGCGACGUACGUGUGGUUGAGGAGCGUAUGUUCAUGCACCCGACUGAUGAACAGGCGUCGGUCGUUAAGAGAGAGACGGAGAAUGCGGAGACGGGAGGGCGAUAUGCGUAAUCUUUUGUUAUGGAAUCCAGGAAUUCCUAGAAACCUAGAAACGCCCCCGAUAUAUAGACGGCAAGGGUUAAUAACAGAUAGUGAUACAGUAAAUACUCAGGGGCUGCCAUCCCGAGAAAUAAAUAUGUACGCAGACGACGGGCGUUCGGAAACGCCGCCGCCUCCGUAUCACGAAUGUCGUUUGAACUUAUAACUGUGUUACCCAUUACUAAAAAGUAGCGAAUAAGUCUUACAAUAAUUGAUUAUUUGAAGAGACUGCUGUACUGCGCGUAAAGUAUCUAACAGGAGUCUAGACAUCUGGUUCCGAGACAUCCAGUCGAGUAGCGAAUUGCUUAAGAAUUCCAAACUUGCUGUGUUUCUGCACGAGAUGUAGAUGCAAAUUCGCUUAUUUUGAACAUGUUUUUCUUACUUAUUUUGAACAUUUUAUUGAUGAGCAAUAUUCUGUAACUAAUCAUACUCGAUAUUAAAUUGGCAAUAUAUUUGGUGAAGUACUGUUAAAUUCCUAGAAACGCAUAAGACUAAUAUUGUAAUUAUAAUAAUUUUUAUUAAUAAAAUUCAUAUUUAA